AUGGCCGCGUCCAAACCGCUCCCCGCCCUCCCACAGGAGCUCAUCGACAACAUCCUCGACCUCGCCAUGCCAUCGACCCUCACCGUGCACGUCAACUGCUACCAAGACCCCGAAGAAAAAUACAUCUUCCGCGUCCACGCCACCUCCAUCGACUCCCUCCUCGCCAUCUGCGCCCGUCUCCGCCUCUCUACAUACCAGCGCGUCCGCGCCAUCAAGGCCCUCAACACCACCACCACCCUCUUCGUCGACAUGAUAUCGAAUUCCGCCGCAAUGAAUAGUCUGUCUGAGCACCCCAGCAGCGCCAUCACAAGCUACAAUGUCUCCGACGAGAUUCUUGGAGAGAUUUGGCAGGUCCAGUUCCGCGAGGCAGCUAGUUAUCACCUCAAGAUCCCUGGCUUACCAUAUUACCGACAACAUCUCCUGACCCGCCGCCUUACGCUGUCUACAUCUAAGCGCCACCAGGGGCUGAAAUUCGCAAUCGACAACUUUCGAUGGGAAUACGCCGCACCAUACCUUAGCUCAGCUACAUACGACAUUCUGCGCAAAUCCAGAAUGCAGCACGAGAAUAGGCUCCGGCAUGGAUUUGAUAAAGGACUGGGGCUGCUCCCAAAGGAGAUUGGGCAGAUUAGUGGGAAAAUGCUGUGGUUCGUUCAGCAGUACAUGUGGCUUUCUGGGGUCUAUCAUCGGGAUGCGCAGGGGGGCGUUACCGGUGUGGGAUCGAGGGAAGAGGCGAGGGAAUGCUACGCGCAGGUGGAGAAGCGAGGUUUUGUCUGGGAGGUGGAGAUGUGA